CCUAUUCAAGCUGUCGGAAAAAUCAAACUGCGCUGACGACAUGUCUCUCCUUGCUACGUUCCCAGUAGGCCUCUAGGCACCUUCUGCUCCUCUUGCCUUAGGAAGCAAAGUUUUUCUUACCACGGCAAACGAUUCGCCUUCAAACUACCCUUUGGCAAUAGAAGAGAACAAUAUGAUUUAUUUUGCUGGGUGGCUGGGAUCGAAAAUCCCCAAGGUUCAUUCCUGUGUAGGAACAUCCCAGAAAUGUGAGCUGAGGACAGAAAAUGCGUGUUUUUCUGAAGGAAAUCAAGUGCUCGUGUAUUUGAGUGUGAAAGGCACUGCCGACUCUCACUUUGGAAACCUCUCAGUUCCUUCCGCUUCUUUCAGAUUAUUUGUUGAAGCUUGUAAGGAAGUCUUCGAGACAUGUAUCAACAACCUAAUUUCAAAGGAGAGCGUAGGGCGAACUCUUUGUGUCCUUUUUCACCAAAAGAUUUCAAAGUCUCUGACUGUAUGUGACGAAAGUGUUUAUCAUGACUUCUUUUUGUUGAUUGUCAGAGUCAUUCUGCACUGGUUCGCAUGGAAAAAGAAUGCUAAACUAUUUGAUACAGCAGCAAAGUGUAAAGCUAGACAGCAAGUGCACAGGCUACGUACAUGAGACCACCCAGAGUACUUUUUAAAGCAGUGUAGGCAUGUUCUAUUCGAACCUUUCAUUUUCUUCGGUUUCUUGAGGAGUAAUGUAGUCUUGUAACUGAUUCACAUACAUAGCGUUUAAAGCUGUGAAACAACCCUGGCUUAUGAAGUGCAGCGUACAACUGGGCUCCAAAACGGUUUACUUCACUUGGCUUCCUUGACCUGCACCAAACAAUCGCUGCGUUGCACUGUAGCAGGACCAGCUGAUGCAAGUUAAGAUAUUUUAGGCAUUAUGGUACCUUGCCCAAGGAAUGUGUAGAAAAGUGUCGUUUUCAUCUGUGUGUUACAGUCGUGGCCUCAGUUGUCCUCGCAACACUGUGGAACCUCCGAGUUAUUAGUGUAAACUGUCAAUGACCUCACAACAUCCAGCCGAUAGUACAAUGUCUAAUUAUGUUAUAAUGUUCCUUAUGUACCAAUCUACUGGUUUUCUUCGACCAUGAUACUUUCAAAAUAGUUGAUACCGAUUGUAUAAUUCUAGUGAGUAAUCUGAUUGAAUGAUUGUAAGCGAAUAAAACA